AUGCUUCAAAUGGGCAUCAUCCGUCAGUCUGAAAGCCCAUGGGCCUCAUCCCUCCACAUGGUUCCAAAUGCCGCCAUUGGUGACUGGCUCCCCUGCGGUGAUUACAGGGCCCUGAACAACGUUACUGUCCCGGACCUCUACCCUGUUCCACAACUUCAGGAUUUUUCCGGUGCCCUAUUCGGCAAGUCUGUAUUCUCGAAGAUCGAUCUGGUCCGUGCUUUCCAUCAAAUUCCCAUAGCCCCAGAGGACGUUUCGAAGACGGCCGUUACCACCCCCUUUGGCCCCUUUGAGUUCCUGCGCAUGCCAUUUGGACUUCGCAACGCCUCCCAGACCUUCCAAAGGUUUGUAGACAGAGUGCUUCGCGGCCUACCAUUUGUCUACGCCUAUAUCGACGACCUUCUGGUAUCCAGCUCCACCAUCGAAGAACACAUGGAACAUCUUACAACGGUGUUUGACCGCCUUCAACAAUUUGGCGUUGUUCUCAACCCGUCCAAGUGCGUCUUCGGUGUGCCCUCCCUAGAAUUUCUCGGUCAUCUGGUCGACUCCCACGGCAUUCGGCCUCUUCCCUCAAAGGUUGCCUCCAUUCGGGACUUUCCACCCCCUACCUCGAAGCGUCAGUUGCAACGGUUUCUUGGUAUGGUGAACUUUUAUCGCCGGUUCCUACCGAACUGUGCUGAUCUCAUGUUGCCGCUCACCAACAUGCUUUCUGGUCCCAAAGGUCCCCUCGAGCUGACUGGUAAAGCACUGACUGCUUUUGAGAGAAUCAAAAAUUCCCUUGCUGAUGCCACCUUACUCACACAUCCCGCUCCCGAAGCUCAGCUGUCUCUGAUGGUAGAUGCUUUGACCGUAGCCGUAGGUGCAGUCCUUCAACAACACCUUGCUGGUUCGACUCAACCACUUGCCUUUUUCUCCAAAAAGCUCUUACCAGCUGAGACACGCUACAGUACCUAUGGCCGUGAACUACUUGCCAUUUACCUGGCUGUGAAGCAUUUCCGGCAUUCCAUUGAAGGUCGUGACUUCACUGUUUUCACUGACCACAAACCGUUGACUUUUGCACUUCAUCCCCACACUGACAAACUAAACACCCGGGAAAUCCGCCAACUGGACUAUAUCUCCCAGUUUACCUCCGAUAUCCGCCACAUCGACGGGUCACGCAACGAGGUGGCUGACGCACUGUCCAGGCCCUCCAUUGCUCUUCUGCAGCUUUCACCCGGGAAAGACCUCGCUGAGAUGGCCGCUGAACAACGCCGUGUCGGUCCACCCUGUGAUGAGGAUGUUUCCGGACUCCAACUUCAGGAACUACCACUGACAACUGGCAACGGCACCAUCUUAUGCGACGUAUCCACCCCUUCCCAUCGUACAUUUGUGCCACCAUCUCUCCGCCGCAAAGUUUUCUCCUCCCUGCACAAUCUGUCUCACUCUGGGAGUCGAGCAACCGACAAGCUGGUUUCCAACCGCUUCGUCUGGCCUGGUAUGCACAAGGACCUCAAGGCAUGGACACGGGCUUGUAUCGCCUGUCAACGGAGCAAGACCCAGCGGCACAACAAGGCCCCCAUUGGCACCUUCCCUGGCCCUGGUGCAAGGUUCAGUCACGUUCACCUGGACAUUGUAGGCCUCCUGCCUCUGUCCUAUGGUUGUUCCUAUCUCCUCACCUGUGUGGAUCGGUUCACUCGGUGGCCUGAAGCAAUUCCCCUGCCUGACAUUGCUGCUCCAACAGUGGUCAAGGCUUUUCUCAGUCGUUGGGUUGUUAUCUUUGGUGCACCCUCCACAAUCACGACUGACCGUGGUGCCCAAUUUGAAUCUAACCUCUUCCAGUCUUUACUCUCCUUUUUAGGCUGUACCCGCAUCCGGACGACAGCCUAUCACCCGGCUGCUAAUGGGAUGGUCGAGCGGUUUCACCGCCAGCUGAAGGCCUCCCUACGCGCUGCGGCUGAUCCGGAGAACUGGACGGACCACCUUCCCCUGGUCCUCUUGGACAUCCGCUCCGCUCUGAAGCCGGACCUUGAUUGUUCCGCAGCUGAACUGGUGUUCGGCUCCACCGUCGGACUCCCCGGUGAGAUGAUCUCGCCAACCCCUCAAGAUGCAGUUGAGGAUCCUAACAACCUCCUGCAUCGCCUCCGGCAGUUUAUGCGGACACUUUCUCCGGUCCCUCCCAGGUCCUCCGCCUCUCCGUCUUAUCUCGAGAAGGACUUGGCAACGUGCUCUCACGUCUACCUUCGAUGUGAUCGAGUCCGCCGGCCUCUGGAACCGCCCUAUGACGGCCCAUUUCGGGUGCUCUCUCGCGGGCCGAAGACUUUCCGCAUUCAGCGCGACAACCGUGAAGAGGUCGUGAGUGUGGACCGCCUCAAGGCUGCCGUCCGUGACACUCCUCCGGAUGAACCCUGUGGUCCUCAACCUUCUGCUUCCCCCCAUGCAGCCUCUAUUCCACCGCCCCGUAUUUUCCCUCUGCCCUCCUGUCCGCCAUCUCCGACUGCCACCACCAACUCCAACACUUCCGCCACCAGAUUUAUUCACUCUUCUACGGACCCUGUAUAUAUCAUUCGCAGUGGUCGUCAUGUACACUUUCCUGAUCGGUUGGUCACGCAUUUCUUUUAG